AUGUCACUCAAAUCACGGGAGAUUUUCUUUGAAUAUUUGGACACAACGUUCCAGUUUUGCGCAUCAAGUCUCUUCGAUGUUGCGGCCAUCGUAGACGGUUCAGCCACGGACGAGGAAACCCUUGGAUUCUGUAUUCUAGUGUUGCUGAGCUGUCUACAAAGCCGUUUGAAGCAGAACUUCAUGAACGCUGCUCUCAAACUGGAUUUGGAUGUACAAAGUGUGAUAUUUCGUUUGGUACACGAACCAAUGACACAAUUGUCUACCGACCAACAGCUUACUCGUGAAAGCGUUCUUGCAGGUUUUCGGGAAUCAGUGCCAAAUCAUUGUGGAGGUAACGUAAUCACAAUAGACCCAGCAACAGCCCAUCCCUCUACAUUAACCAUUCCCGACGUCACCAAUUCCGAGGUUACUCCUCUCAAAUCCGUUGUAACCGGGAAGAGCUUUCGUGAGAUGAACGAGUCGGGUUUAAUGCCCAAUGUAGAGGAUCGCAACACAGAGCUUUUUCGAAAGAGCUGGCCAGUUGGAAUGACGUUGGAAUCUGGAUUAGUAAGCAGCUCUCCAGCUAAGGAAAUGGGGAAAAAACUUACACGACUUCGGGAAGCUGAACGUGAAAAACGUCGUUUGAUGGCCGAACUGGAAAAGGAACGCACCUAUCGGGAUGAAGUGGAGAAUGUGGUCGCUGAGCUUCGUAACCAGUUAGAUGAGGCACGAAAACGAGCCACGGAAGCCGAGGCUCGUGUAACUCGUCUUUCUCGUGACUUAGCAGUUUUACAAGAUCAGGCAGAUGAGCUAAAUUUGUGUCGUACUGAGUUAGCUGUACGCGAAGAUGAAAUCGCCAAGGCGAAUGACACCAAUCGAAUUCGGAAGUACGCAAAAGAUGACCGAGUCAUCGAAGGCGGUGUAGAACGAUUGCUUCUUUCAGAGCACGAUAAUCCGCACCCAACACAUGACAAACCUCAUUGUUCACUCGACGUUCCCACCAGACAGUAG